AUGUACCCAAUUCAAUCAUCGGAAUUUAUUUCACCAUUUGAGAAUAAUAAUAGUAAUAAUAAUGGUAACAAUAACAAUGGUUGUAAUAAUAUUAAUAAAAAUAAACAUGAUAAUAAUAAUAGUAAUAAUAAUGGUAGUGUGCAACCAACAUGGUUCAAGAAUUUCUCGUCAGUUUAUCCUGUCUUUCCAUUUCUAUCACAGACUUCGUUAUCGUUUGCUGAACGAACAUUAUCAAAUAAUAUAUCAGCACCACUACCAUCAUCAUCAUCAUCAUCAUCAUCACCAUCAACUUUAACACUACCUUCACUUCUUCCAACUGAUCUUUUUAUGUCAACAAUACCAUUUCCUGUUACACUAAUACGUGGUGAUAAACUCCAAAUGGUUAACCUUCAAUUACAAUUAACUUCAAAUGAAACCGUAAUAAAAGAUAUCUUAUCAAGCAAAGAAUAUUGUGAUAAUGUCUUACUAAUAUGCUUCGCAUGUGCUGGACGAUAUUUUCACGUGAUAUUCUGCUCAGCACCGAAUGGUUUCAAUAGGGGUGAUCAAUUAAGUAUACCAUCAAAAUGGCAAUCAUUGUGUAAAACAGCAAAUAAGGAGGAAGCUAAUAUUUGGAAUGGAAUUGUUCUUCGCCCUAUUGAAUUUGGUCAAGAAAUAAUUAUUUGUAAUGAGCCUGAAACAUUGACCCUUGAGCCAAGCAAAAUGCUUCAGAAUGAUAAAGAGGGCCAACAACUGGAAAUGAUACAGCAAGGAUUAACUCAUACAGAGCACAUUGGUGGUUAUAAAUGUGAUCGUUGUGGUAAAAUGUUUACUUAUGAAUAUUAUCGUGAAAAACAUCUCAAGUAUACACGAUGUGUUGAUCACGGUGAUCGUAAAUUUCGUUGCUCCAUUUGUCCACGAUCAUUCGAGAAACGUGAUCGAUUAAGAAUUCAUGUAUUACAUGUGCAUGAAAAUCAUCGACCUCACGUAUGCUCCACGUGUGGUAAAUCAUUUUCUCAAUCAUCAAGUCUCAACAAACAUUUCCGAGUGCAUUCCGGUGAACGGCCAUACAAAUGCAUUUUUUGUAGUAAAAGUUUCACGGCAAGCAGUAUUCUUCGUACGCAUGUACGUCAACAUAGCGGCGAAAAACCUUUUCAGUGUGCUAAUUGUGGUAAAUCAUUUGCAUCACACGCAGCGCAUGAUAGUCACGUACGCAGAACUCAUCAAGAACAAACGCAACUGCAGCUGCAGUUGCAACUACAACAACAGCAUCUACAACAAAAACAACAGCAAUGUAAUAUUUAUCGCUGUCAAAUGUGUCAAAAAACAUUCGAACAUCAAUUACAUCUUAAUUUUCAUCAACACUGUGUUCACUCAUUAACUAUUUCUUAA